UUUCUCAUUUAAUAUCUCUGCCACAUGAUGACGCCAUUACGUUCGACGUCGCUUUGAAGCCAGCCAGCCAAUCACCUGACGCGGUUCAAGGAGAGUCCCGCAGUGCUUCCGUGUUGACGCAGCUGCUGCUUCGUCUUUCGUAAAAAAAAACUCCAGAUUUUUGGUUUCUGUCCCCGCGUCUGUCUCCGGGAGGACACCGGCGGAGAUGAACAGCGUCGGGGAGGCCUGCACCGACCUGAAGCGGGAGUACGAUCAGUGCUUCAACCGCUGGUUCGCGGAGAAGUUCCUGAAGGGGGACCGGAGCGGAGACCCGUGCACCGAGAGCUUCCGGCGGUACCAGCGCUGCGUGCACGCGGCCAUCAAGGACAAGGACAUCCCCAUCGACGGAGUGGACUUCAUGGGUCCCAACAAGGACAAGCCCGAGAGCUGAUCCACACCGAUCGACCGCACCGAGACCAGUACACCGGGGGACCGGGGAAGAGGUCCACGAGGCCCACCGCGCAUGCGCAGAGACGCUGGAGUGUGUGCUGAUGAAACACACACACACACCUGAAUUAUUCUGAUAUUAUUUCUGAUUAUUGUUUUCCUCUCAGAGCUGAUGCUUUUAUUCUGGAGUUUAUUUAUGGUGAAUGUGGAGCCGAAACACGUCGAUUAAUCGAUCAGCGGCUGAUCUAAUCGAUCGAUUAUCGCAGACUCGGCUCGUCCUCUGCUGCAGCUGCUCCCUGUUUACGUCACCGGAACAUUUUGGGACAAAACGAGACAAUUUGAGGAUGUUUUCUUUUGCUUCGGACAUUUUGGAAACUGAAAGAUUAAUAUGAUGAACUACUGCAGUGAUGCUCAACCUACGGCCCGCGGGCCAAAUCUCGCCCCCAGUAGGGAACCGGGUGGCCCCUUAAACAUUUUCUAAUUCACAAUAAAAAUAAAGUGAUUCACACUGUGAA